AUGGAAAGCAAGAGGACGGGAAACAGAGAACUAUCCUUUGCUUCAAACGUGGAUAGGAAGCAAGCGAUCGCGCUCAUAUCAUAUCAUGUCACGUGCGUGUUGCCUGAAUCAAAGAAUGAAAUGAUUCAGUUACUAGCAGAAGAUGUCCGACGUCAAGUUGUGAAGGAGAUAAAGGAUGCGAAGAUGUUUAGUGUUUCUGCAGAUGCUACCCCUGAUCUAUCUAGGAACGAUCAGUUGUCGGUGGUGUGUAGAUAG